AUGAACUUAACCGAGUGUAUUUAGGAUUUCCCAAAAUACUCUCAUCCAUCAAAGGAGACCUAACCUCAGGCAUCUUUUAGAAGCAUCACCUAAAAGACGCCUUUCAAAGGCCUCUACUCUUCUCAUUACAAUAUAGCUAAGAAUAUUCUGAUCGGCUACAAAGAUCCUGCUAAAAUUUACCUUAUCGACUUCGGACUCAGUCAACCCUUUGUUGACUUCAAUAGUGGGUUCCAUGUGCAGAAAUAAAACUUAUCUUACUUUUCUGGAAAUUUUAUGUUCGCAUCUUUGAAUUCUUGCAGAGGAAAUAACAAAUCUCGCAGAGACGAUAUCGAAUCAGUAUUCUACUUGAUGAUCUACUUAUAUAACAAUAACUUUUUGCCAUGGCGAGACUUCUAAGAAUGCCUCGAAGAUUGUUUAAAGUAUGUACUACUUUUAAAUUUUGAGGAGGAGCCAAAAUACGACUAUCUAAUAGAACAACUUAAAAAUGCUUACACAUUGGAAAUCUUUAAUGCUGGACUUCUACUGAAUAUUAAUUGCUUUAAGUCUCCCGUAUUUGAGUGGAAUGUAAAUAAAGAUAUGAUUUUUAAUUUUUACUAGGUAUCACUAGCAACUAGGUUUACAAAAGCUCAAACUUAAUUAGAUAGUCAGUGGGCCAAAGGUGAAGUAGUUCAGAAAGAAAAUCUUGAUGUAAUUUCCACUUCUUUGAUGAAGUCGAAAAUUUUCCUUAAUUUAAGUGGUUCUAACUAUGAACUUUCUCAUGGAUCUGCCUAGAUAAAUCUAGAUAACUCACCAAUGUCGGCUGAUUUAAAUAUGAUGUCAAAUGGAGACAUGAAUCUGAAUUCUGAUAAUCUAAGAGUUCCAGGUUUUAAGCGCAAUGGAAGCGUAGGCUAUAAUAGGAGUUAAAAAAACUUGCAAGGAUUCAGCAAAUUUAAACCCCAAAAUUAAAAUAGAUAGUCACAUUCACCCUAGUAAUAAAGGCAUUUCAAUAUAGAUAAAAGCAGGUUAUAACCUAAAUCUAGUCAAAAGUUUGAAAAUUUAAACAUUGGAUAGUAUCAAGAUGAUGGUUAUAACUCACCAUGCCUGAAUAGAAAAUCUUCAUUCUUUGGAAAAGCAUAAAAGGAUAAUCAAAGAAAGUCCAGUUUUAGAGGAAAAUCAAAUGCAGAAGAAAAAGUUGACAAGCCGACCGCUUAUGAUAAAGACAAUGAUGCUAUAUUUAGUGAUGAAAAUUUAGAAGAAGACAGAAGUUAUGAAAGUCUCUCUAAUGAGGAUGACUUUGAUGAUGUAAAGGAUCAUAUCAAGUAGGAUGCUAGAAUAUCCUCCAGUGACAUUUUGGUGCAAUAGCUUGAAAAUCAAGAUUUUUCUAAAGGAAUGAGAGUAAGCGAAAUGUAAUAAACCUCUCAAGGGGAGGUUAAUAUCUCAUCAAAAGAUUUAGACGAAUAACAAACCUAUGGAGGAAAUUUUCAAGCUUAACAAUAGAAUUAAAUUGGAUAUCAUAAAAACUAAAUUGCUCAGCCUCCAUUCAGAGUUAUGAAGGUAAACCAAAAUGAUCUUAGAAGCAAGGGAGGUUCAAACUCACCCUAGCUUAGUGAGCACCACCUCCAUUAGUAACAAUAUUAAUAAUAGAAAUAAAAUGAAGAUGCAAUGAUGAUUGAUUGA